CUUGCCCUGCUCGCUCUCGUCUCUGCUGUCUGGUGAUGAGAUUUAUUUCCAGUGUUCUGCCUGCCUCACUGCCAGCGUGUGUCGCUGUCCCCUCCUGUGACAAUGCUCGGAGAAACCGGAUCCGCACAGAAUUGUUUGUCUGCACUUUAUCAGACACAUGGCACUCGCUGCCCCUCCUUGCUCAUGUUGCCUGGACUAUUCUUGGUUCCCUAUCUCCUGCCCUGACCUCACCUUGCCCCUCGGGGCUCCAGGGUGCACAUUAUCAUCACGUUAAGGUGACACUUCUCUGGGAACUGCCUCCCUUUUUGCCUGCCCCCCUCCUAGGUGCUGGCACGGCUUCUGCUCCAUCUCCUGGACUUGUCAGGAGUUUGUGUGUCUGUCAGAUAAAGGCUGUGCUACCUGGAUGUGGCUCUGUGCUGGGACAGACCUUCAUGUCCUCAAACUUAAAAAUGUAAUCCAAUUACUCUGGCUGGUUCCAAUCCAUGUGUGUGUGUCCUGGUGCAGUUGCUGCCCUUGCUUCUCCUCUAUUGGAGAAUAUUACCCCAAAAUUGGCAAUUCACAGGUUUGGGUGUGCUCAAUACUGAGCACUCUCCUUUCUCCAGUGAUGCUGCUGGACCCUGCAGUGCUGUAGCACUUUGCUUGUGAGGAUAUUUAUAAUUACAGCACUCGGAGUGAUCUCAGCUCCAGUUUAUAGAUGAAAAAAGACAGAAAACUGGCAGUGGAUUGUGCAGGCUCUCCCCAGCAGCUCUCUGGUCUCGUCUGUUGUCUCCCGUCUGGGUCAGCUCUGUGCUCUGUCUGCCUGUCCCAGCUGUGCCUCUCACUUGCUUUGCAGCCCUGGAAAUGCUUUCCUUGUCACCACCCCACCUCCCCUGAGAGUCUGACAUCCAUUUCUCCAUAUCGAGUCAGUUCUUCAGGCUCUCUGUGCCCCGGGGUUGCUGCUUUGCUCUGGCUCCUGCUCGGGGCAGUGCUGCAGGGCCGGGGAUGCUGGAGGAGCUCCGGGGGAAGCUGUGCAGCCUCUGCUUCCUCACCGACACCCCCCUGGCUGGGAGCUGCCCCGGUGGUGUCGGUGGUGGUGCAGCCCCGGGGCUGUGUGCUAAGCCUCAUUACGUAACCUGGAGAUCAUUUUCUCUCUUUCCUGAUCAGCUGCUUUGCUCUGAAUGCAGGAGGGGGAAGCUGCUCCCCUCUCUCUGCAUGCUGCGUCACAGGAAGAGUGACUGGGAGAGAGGGCUGGUGGAAAGCAAGGGACAAAGGUUAAGAGAUUGAAGCAAUCUGGGAAGUGCCACUGCUUCAAGGAGAACGCCAUGAGUGCAAGAGGCUCUUUGCAGCUUUCUCCUGCUGGGCUUUGAGCUGCAGUAUUGAAAAAAAUAAACUAGCAGCAGCUCCACUAGACGAGUCCUAAGCGAGCCCGAAAUCCUUAAUUCCUUCAGUGAGACAGCAUGGAGGAUUCUGCAGAGCAGAGUCAGGAAAUGAGAUACCACAUGCUGCAAAGGCCCAGCAUGUCUGGUUUACACCUUGUAAAGCAAGGCCGGGACAGGAAGAAAGUUGAUGUGCAGAGGGAUUUCACUGUGGCUUCUCCAGCAGAGUUUGUUACUCGUUUUGGAGGGAAUAAAGUUAUUGAAAAGGUCCUGAUAGCAAACAAUGGCAUUGCAGCAGUGAAGUGCAUGAGGUCCAUCCGGCGCUGGUCCUACGAGAUGUUUCGGAACGAGCGGGCCAUCAGAUUUGUUGUCAUGGUGACUCCUGAGGACCUGAAAGCAAAUGCAGAGUAUAUUAAAAUGGCAGAUCACUACGUCCCAGUUCCAGGAGGCCCCAACAAUAACAACUAUGCAAAUGUGGAACUCAUUCUGGAUAUUGCUAAGCGGAUUCCAGUGCAGGCUGUGUGGGCUGGCUGGGGCCAUGCAUCUGAGAACCCAAAAUUACCAGAACUUCUCCACAAAAAUGGGAUUGCUUUUAUGGGCCCUCCAAGCCAGGCAAUGUGGGCCUUAGGAGAUAAAAUUGCUUCUUCAAUCGUGGCUCAGACUGCGGGCAUCCCGACUCUUCCUUGGAGUGGCAGUGGUCUUCGGGUGGACUGGGAGGAAAAUGAUUUCCAGAAGCGUAUCCUGAACGUUCCUCAGGAACUCUAUGAAAAGGGCUAUGUGAAAGAUGCAGAUGAUGGCCUGAGGGCUGCUGAGGAGGUUGGCUACCCUGUCAUGAUCAAGGCUUCUGAAGGAGGAGGAGGAAAAGGAAUCAGGAAAGUUAACAAUGCAGAUGACUUCUCCAACCUCUUUAGACAGGUUCAAGCUGAAGUGCCAGGCUCUCCAAUCUUUGUCAUGAGGCUGGCCAAGCAGUCCCGGCACCUGGAGGUGCAGAUCCUGGCUGACCAGUACGGCAACGCCAUCUCCCUCUUCGGCCGCGACUGCUCCGUGCAGCGCAGGCACCAGAAGAUCAUUGAGGAAGCUCCUGCUUCUAUUGCCACUUCGGCGGUCUUUGAGCACAUGGAACAGUGUGCAGUGAAGCUUGCCAAGAUGGUGGGCUACGUGAGUGCAGGCACUGUGGAGUACCUGUACAGCCAGGAUGGCAGCUUCUACUUUCUGGAGUUGAAUCCCCGCCUGCAAGUGGAGCACCCCUGCACUGAGAUGGUGGCUGAUGUCAACCUGCCAGCAGCACAGCUCCAGAUUGCCAUGGGGAUUCCUCUCCACAGGAUCAAGGAUAUCCGGGUGAUGUAUGGUGUUUCUCCCUGGGGAGAUGGAGAUAUUGAUUUUGAGAAUUCAGCCCAUGUCCCCUCUCCUCGUGGCCACGUCAUUGCUGCACGGAUCACCAGUGAGAAUCCUGAUGAGGGAUUUAAACCCAGUUCUGGUACAGUUCAGGAACUGAAUUUCCGCAGCAAUAAGAAUGUCUGGGGCUAUUUCAGUGUUGCUGCUGCAGGAGGGCUCCAUGAAUUUGCUGAUUCUCAGUUUGGUCACUGCUUCUCCUGGGGAGAAAAUCGUGAAGAAGCCAUCUCGAACAUGGUGGUGGCUUUGAAGGAGCUGUCCAUCCGAGGGGAUUUCCGAACCACUGUUGAGUACUUGAUUAAACUGUUGGAAACAGAAAGCUUCCAGCAGAACCGGAUCGACACGGGCUGGUUGGAUCGGCUGAUUGCCGAGAAGGUUCAGGCUGAAAGGCCUGAUACCAUCCUGGGAGUGGUGUGUGGAGCUCUGCAUGUGGCUGAUGUGAACUUCAGAAACAGUGUCUCAAACUUCCUGCACUCUCUGGAAAGGGGCCAAGUGCUGCCUGCUCAUACUCUGCUGAACACUGUGGAUGUGGAGCUCAUCUAUGAAGGACGCAAGUAUGUGCUGAAGGUGACCCGGCAGUCUCCCAAUUCCUACGUGGUCAUCAUGAACAACUCCUGUGUGGAAGUUGAUGUGCAUCGACUGAGUGAUGGGGGGCUGCUCCUCUCCUAUGAUGGGAGCAGCUAUACCACCUACAUGAAAGAAGAAGUGGACAGGUAUCGCAUCACCAUAGGUAACAAGACCUGUGUGUUUGAGAAGGAGAACGACCCCUCCAUUCUGCGCUCCCCUUCGGCCGGGAAGCUCAUCCAGUAUGUGGUGGAGGAUGGGGGACACGUGUUUGCAGGCCAGUGCUUUGCAGAAAUAGAGGUGAUGAAAAUGGUGAUGACACUAACAGCAGGGGAAUCAGGCUGCAUCCAUUAUGUCAAACGCCCAGGGGCUGUCUUGGAUCCAGGCUGUGUGAUUGCCAAGCUCCAGCUGGAUGAUCCCAGCAGGGUUCAGCAGGCUGAACUGCACACAGGGGCCUUGCCACAGAUCCAGAGCACAGCACUUCGGGGAGAGAAACUCCAUCGCAUCUUCCAUUACGUCCUGGACAACCUGGUCAAUGUGAUGAAUGGGUACUGCCUGCCAGAGCCCUUCUUCAGCAGCAAGGUGAAAGGCUGGGUUGAGCGACUGAUGAAGACCCUGAGAGAUCCCUCUUUGCCUCUGCUGGAACUUCAGGACAUCAUGACCAGUGUUUCCGGACGGAUCCCACCCAAUGUUGAGAAGUCCAUCAAGAAGGAGAUGGCCCAGUAUGCUAGCAACAUCACAUCAGUUCUUUGCCAGUUUCCCAGCCAACAGAUUGCCAAUAUCUUGGAUAGCCACGCGGCCACCUUGAACCGCAAGUCAGAACGUGAGGUCUUCUUCAUGAACACCCAGAGCAUUGUGCAGCUUGUACAGAGGUACCGGAGUGGCAUUCGAGGCCACAUGAAAGCUGUGGUGAUGGAUCUGCUGCGUCAGUAUCUGAAGGUGGAGACUCAAUUUCAGCAUGGUCACUAUGACAAGUGUGUCUUUACCCUUCGGGAAGAGAAUAAAAGUGAUAUGAAUGCUGUAUUGAACUACAUCUUCUCACAUGCUCAGGUCACCAAGAAGAACCUGCUUGUUACAAUGCUCAUUGACCAGCUCUGUGGCCGUGACCCCACCUUGACAGAUGAGCUGAUUAAUAUCCUGACAGAGCUGACCCAGCUCAGCAAGACGACCAACGCCAAAGUGGCCCUGCGAGCACGGCAGGUUCUCAUUGCUUCCCAUUUGCCAUCCUACGAGCUGAGGCACAACCAGGUGGAGUCCAUCUUCCUCUCUGCUAUUGACAUGUAUGGACACCAGUUCUGCAUUGAGAACCUCCAGAAACUCAUUUUGUCUGAGACAUCCAUCUUUGAUGUGCUACCCAACUUUUUCUACCACAGUAACCAGGUGGUAAGAAUGGCAGCUUUGGAGGUGUAUGUGAGGAGAGCCUACAUUGCCUACGAGUUAAACAGCGUCCAGCACCGCCAGCUGAAGGACAACACCUGCGUGGUGGAGUUCCAGUUCAUGCUGCCCACCUCCCACCCUAACAGAGGGAACAUCCCCACGCUAAACAGAAUGUCCUUCUCUUCCAACCUCAAUCACUACGGGAUGGUCCAUGUAGCAAGUGUCAGUGAUGUGCUGCUGGACAACUCCUUCACUCCCCCGUGCCAGCGGAUGGGGGGCAUGGUCUCCUUCCGCACCUUUGAAGACUUUGUCAGAAUCUUUGAUGAAGUGAUGGGUUGCUUCUGUGACUCUCCUCCCCAGAGCCCAACCUUCCCUGAAGCUGGCCAUGCUUCCUUGUAUGAUGAAGACAAGACCUCCCGUGAGGAACCCAUUCACAUUCUUAAUGUUGCUAUUAAAACUGACAGUGAUGUUGAUGAUGAUGGGCUGGCAGCCAUGUUCAGGGAGUUCACACAAAGCAAGAAAUCAGUCCUGUUUGAACACGGGAUUCGGAGGCUGACUUUCCUUGUAGCACAAAAGGACUUCAGGAAACAGGUCAACUAUGAGGUGGAUCAGAGAUUUCAUAGAGAAUUCCCAAAGUUCUUCACGUUCCGUGCUCGGGAUAAGUUUGAGGAGGACAGGAUUUACAGGCACCUGGAGCCAGCUCUGGCUUUUCAGCUGGAGCUGAACCGCAUGAGGAACUUCGAUCUCACUGCCAUCCCCUGUGCCAAUCACAAAAUGCAUCUCUACCUGGGAGCAGCUAAAGUUGAAGUGGGAACAGAAGUGACAGACUACAGGUUCUUCGUGAGGGCCAUUAUAAGGCAUUCAGACCUGGUCACCAAGGAAGCCUCCUUUGAGUACCUGCAAAAUGAGGGAGAACGAUUGCUUUUGGAAGCCAUGGAUGAGCUGGAGGUGGCGUUUAACAACACCAACGUGCGCACAGACUGCAAUCACAUCUUCUUAAAUUUCGUGCCUACUGUCAUCAUGGACCCAUCGAAGAUCGAGGAGUCGGUGAGGAGCAUGGUGAUGCGCUACGGGAGCCGGCUCUGGAAACUCCGCGUCCUCCAGGCAGAGCUGAAGAUCAACAUUCGGCUGACACCCACAGGGAAGGCAAUUCCCAUCAGGCUCUUCCUGACCAAUGAGUCAGGCUACUACUUGGACAUCAGCCUGUACAAAGAGGUGACAGACUCCAGGACAGGACAGAUUAUGUUCCAGGCAUACGGUGAUAAACAGGGACCACUCCAUGGGAUGCUGAUCAAUACCCCCUACGUGACCAAAGACCUGCUUCAGUCCAAGAGGUUCCAGGCACAGUCUUUAGGGACAUCAUAUGUCUAUGACAUUCCUGAGAUGUUUAGGCAGUCUUUGAUUAAACUCUGGGGACAUAUGAACGACCACGCGUUCCUGCCGACACCGCCGCUGCCGUCUGACAUCCUGACGUACACUGAGCUGGUGCUGGAUGAUCAGGGCCAACUCGUGCACAUGAACAGGCUGCCAGGAGGAAAUGAGGUUGGCAUGGUGGCCUGGAAGAUGACUCUCAAGACCCCUGAGUAUCCUGAAGGCCGUGAUAUCAUUGUCAUUGGCAAUGACAUUACAUACAAAAUAGGUUCUUUUGGGCCUCAGGAGGACAUCCUGUUCCUGAGGGCUUCAGAGCUUGCUCGAACACAUGGCAUCCCCCGGAUCUAUGUGGCUGCCAACAGUGGAGCCAGGAUUGGUUUGGCUGAGGAGAUUCGGCACAUGUUCCAUGUAGCUUGGGAAGACCCAGAGGAUCCAUACAAGGGAUACAAAUACUUGUACCUGACUCCUCAAGACUACAAGAAAGUCAGUGCCCUGAACUCUGUUCACUGUGAACACGUGGAGGACAGUGGUGAGUCCAGGUAUAAGAUAACAGAUAUUAUUGGAAAGGAAGAUGGACUUGGAAUAGAGAACCUCAGAGGAUCUGGCAUGAUUGCUGGAGAAACAUCUUUAGCCUAUGACAGUAUUAUCACCAUCAACUUGGUUACAUGUCGGGCAAUUGGGAUUGGGGCUUACCUGGUUCGACUGGGGCAGAGGACUCUCCAGGUUGAGAACUCCCAUAUAAUCCUGACUGGCUGUGGAGCCCUCAACAAAGUGCUUGGGAGGGAAGUUUACACCUCCAACAACCAGCUGGGCGGGAUCCAGAUCAUGCACAACAAUGGAGUGACACACAACACCGUGUGUGAUGAUUUUGAAGGAGUCUACACUGUUCUGCAGUGGCUUUCCUACAUGCCAAAGAGUGUAUCCAGCCCUGUUCCUAUCCUCAAAGUCAAGGAUCCUAUAGACAGAACCAUAGACUUUGUUCCCACCAAGGCUCCCUAUGACCCUCGCUGGAUGCUGGCUGGGCGACCAAACCCAAGUCAAAAAGGACAGUGGCUAAGUGGUUUCUUUGACAAUGGCUCAUUCCUGGAGAUCAUGCAGCCCUGGGCACAGACAGUUGUGGUUGGCAGAGCAAGGCUGGGAGGAAUACCUGUAGGAGUCGUUGCCGUAGAAACCAGAACAGUGGAGCUCAGCAUCCCUGCUGAUCCUGCCAACCUGGACUCAGAGGCCAAGAUAAUCCAGCAGGCUGGUCAGGUGUGGUUCCCUGACUCUGCCUUCAAGACUGCUCAGGCUAUCAAUGACUUCAACAGGGAAGGGCUUCCUCUGAUGGUCUUUGCCAACUGGAGAGGCUUCUCUGGUGGAAUGAAAGACAUGUAUGACCAGGUGCUCAAGUUUGGUGCCUACAUUGUGGAUGGCCUGAGAGAAUACCAUCAACCUGUGCUGAUUUACAUCCCCCCCCAGGCAGAGCUGAGGGGGGGGUCCUGGGUUGUGGUUGACCCCACCAUUAACCCCCGUCACAUGGAGAUGUACGCUGACCGGGAGAGCAGAGGAGGAGUCCUGGAGCCAGAGGGGACAGUGGAGAUCAAGUUCCGCAGGAAGGAUCUGGUGAAGACGAUGCGGCGCGUGGACCCCGUCUACAUCCGCCUGGCUGAGAGGCUGGGUACCCCUGAGCUGAGCCCCGCGGAGCGGAAGGAGCUGGAGACCAAGCUGAGGGAGAGGGAGGAAUUCCUGAUCCCCAUGUACCAGCAGGUGGCUGUGCAGUUUGCUGACCUGCAUGACACACCAGGACGGAUGCAGGAGAAGGGAGCCAUCACUGACAUUCUAGACUGGAAAACCUCCCGUACCUUCUUCUACUGGAGAUUGAGACGUCUCCUGCUGGAAGAGAUGGUGAAAAAGAAAAUCCAUGAUGCCAACCCUGAGCUGACCGACGGGCAGAUCCAGGCCAUGCUGCGCCGCUGGUUUGUGGAGGCCGAGGGGACUGUGAAGGCCUAUGUGUGGGACAGCAACAAGGACGUGGUGGAGUGGCUGGAGAAGCAGCUGACAGAAGAAGAAGGCGUCCGCUCCGUCGUGGAUGAAAACAUCAAAUACAUCUCCAGGGACUACAUCCUGAAACAGAUCCGGAGCCUGGUCCAGGCCAAUCCAGAGGUUGCCAUGGAUUCGAUCGUGCACAUGACCCAGCAUAUAUCACCCACCCAGCGAGCAGAGAUUGUGCGGAUCCUCUCCACAAUGGAUUCACCUUCUUCAACGUAAGAGCAUCGAUUUCCCACACUCCCCCUGCCUGGUACAGUGGAGGAAAAAAAAAAAAAAAAAAGAAAAAAGAAAAGAAAAAGAAAAAAAAAAAAAAAAGAAGCUGCUCAGAAUUGCCCUUUGUCUGCUUGACUGCGACCACUGUACCGAGACGGGGAGGCUCAGGGAAAGGCUGGAAGAGUGACAUUUUUAUUUUCUCAAAUCAGACUGACCAGAGGAAGUGUGUUCUUUGGCCAGAGACACGAGGGAAAUGUACAAACACAAGCGCCUGCAGAACUGAGUUACAGCUGUCCAACUGGACCUUAUUUAUUUAACAAAGCGUGACUGGACCAACCUCGGGCUGCCACCCCAGCUGCGCCAGGCCAUGAAGGGUGCUCCAGCAGCACCCUGAGCCCUGGCAACAGCACAGCAGGGGCUCCUCUAAGUGACCCCCCCUCCCCGUGCCCCUGCUGACUUCUCUGCUCACCCCCCUGACAAGUGCCAACGUUUCCCUGUGGCAGCAGCCAAGGAUGGGCUCUGCCCCCCAGGAGUUGUCCCUCCUGUCCCUGUGUUCCCAGUGUCUCUUGUUACUGAGGAGUGGAGGUAAAACUGUGGUGAGGGUGGUGUGGCCAGAGCCGUUUCUGUGCCCUGGGCAGAUUGUGGGGAAGGCUUUGGAGCUUCCCAGGACUGUGAAGGUGGUGGGGCAGGAUUUUGGAAGCUAAAUCCCUGCUCGCUUUGUGCCCAGUUGCUUUAGAAGAGGUCAGUAACCUGUGUGAGAGGCCCUGCUAGGAGGAGGUAAAAGAGAAGACCAAAACCCAGCUGCUCAGCCAUGGCUGCUCUUCCUUCCCUAUUAUUUUGUGGGAUAACAGACAUGGAACAGCCCCACUGCUGUGCUUCUCCUUUUGCAGGAGCAGGUAACAGAAAGUGCCAGGGGAAGGGAGGGGAAAGGACAGAGUCACCCACACCACUGGGGCUUAAAGCUGCCAAAAAGCUGAGCAGAGCUUUCCUCCACCUCUGCCCUGGCUGGGAAGGGGAGCACCAGAGGCAGGAGAGAAGAUGGAAAUAUAAAAGACAAGGUAAUUGUGGGAAUCCCUGCCUUAGCACCAGCUGAUUCUUUUACCCAUCUCCUUGUCUCCUUUUUUCCUGAGCCAGGCUGCCCAGGGCACAGGGGUGGCAGCAGAGUUGCCCAGUCCCUGGGUUGUUGCUACACUUUUGUAUUUUCCUGGGCCUUCUGACCACAAUAACAGAUCAGAGAAGCUGGAAUGCUGGAGGGAAGCACAGUCACCCCCUAACGCACAGAUCCUGGUAUGGAACUUGGUCUAAACAGUACCAGAGAGCUUACACCAAUGAUUGUCUUAAAAGUAUUUCCGAUUUUACAGUUCCUUUUUUAGUAUAGUAUGUAUCAGAAUGGAUGUUUUUAUGAGUGAAUUAAUUAAUGAUGAUGCCAGUGCCUCACACCUGUACUGUUUCCUUCUGCACUGUAACACAGCCCCUGGUGUGGUGCCAGAGAUGCUGGUGUAGCACGGGGGUCCCUGCUCCCCUCCCUGGGGACAAGCAGCAGCAGCAGCACAACCCUGCCCGUGGCCAGCAGCACAGUGUCACCCGAAGGAUGAGCUAUUUCUUAAUAGUUAAGAACUUGAUUUGAUUUAAUAAUUUUUUUUUCCACUAGAGCCCCCUGAACAACCCCCAAAGAUGCUUUUACUUAUGCCAGUGAGGGCUGCAGCAAGACAGAGAAUGUCUCAGCCAGGCAGGACCAUUCUGGGGCAUCAUGGGCAGCUCAGGCUUCUCCUCCACUGCCACCAGGACUUCUCUGUGUGGUGGUGACACAGAGCUGUCCCUUACUAUGGGUGGCUGCAGGUGUUACAGGGAAUGUCCUGGUGCCCACUGCUCCGUUCCCUGGGGGUGGGAGCUCUUGCUGCCAAAGUCUCUUCCCUGCUGGGCAGGAGCAGCCCCCGUCUCACUGUUACAGGUGCUGGGGUGGGCACCACUUCACUUGGGGGUAAAGUAGCUCUAAAAAAAGCCCAGCUGUUGGGUGACAUCAGAGCUGCUCUGAAGUCAGAGUCCAGCCCUGGGAGGAGCCCUGGGGGGUCCACGCUGGCAGAAGCCACGGUGGCAGUGUCACCAUCCCCUCUCCCCCAGCCCCCCGGGGGGGUUUCCCAUGGGGCAGGGGAACCACCCUGGGUACAAACGGUUCUUGCUGGUGCUGAAGUAUUUCACUUACCUCAAUUUCUUUUAAUAAAAAGAACGAAUUACA